AGCUCAGUCAUCUCUGUUAACCGGCUCAGAUUCAGAGUUAAUCCUGAUUCACGGCUUACUACAGUGAAAACCGGGCAGACGAGGAUAGGUGUAUACAUUUGUUUUCCCUAAUACGCGUUAAAUACUUUAUUAUCCAAAUAUGUUAUGCAUAUGUAAAGUUAUUUGGUCACCGGUUAUUGGGUCAGUCUUGAAAUGUAACCGAUUAGCGUUUUAAUGGAGCGCGCUUAACCUGUUGCACCUACCGACUGUUGCGCGGCGUGCGCGCGAGCGACACAUUUCUUCCUGACUCGUGUUAAUAAAUAAAUAAAUAAAUAUGAUAUGAAUUAAUUUUUAAAUCGUCAGUUUAAUAGUGUUACUGCAUGUGAGUUUCUGGAAAUAAGCAACACGUGGAGAAGCCGUGAAAAUGGAUGGGUCAACCAAAGAUGGCGGCUUGGCCGGGUCAGACCCCAACAAGACGGACACACUCAACUCCACAGGUUCUGCGGGGCAGAAAAGAGCCGGAGGAACCAAGAAACACACGCAGGCAAACAAAUCGGCCUUGCGGGCUCCGAGGGCCCUCUGCUGCCUCACACUCAGUAACCCCAUACGCAUGGCAGCCUUGGCCCUAGUGGAGUGGAAAUAUCCUUAUGAUCUGCGUCCCUUUGACAUAUUCAUUUUGCUGGCCAUCUUCGCAAAUUGUGUUGCACUUGGUGUGUCCAAACCAUUUCCUGAAGAUGAUUCCAAUGCAACCAACCACAAUCUGGAACAAGUGGAGUAUGUGUUUCUUGUGAUUUUUACCAUUGAAACAUUCACCAAGAUUCUAGCGUACGGUCUGGUCAUGCACCCCAGCGCUUACAUCCGCAGCGGCUGGAACUUGCUGGAUUUUAUCAUUGUUAUUGUUGGUCUUUUCAGCGUGAUUGCUGAAAUGGGAGAUCACAAACCAGGAGAUGCUCAUCACGCCGCAGGUAAACCAGGAGGUCUGGAUGUCAAAGCCCUGAGAGCUUUCAGAGUAUUGCGACCUCUGCGACUGGUGUCCGGUGUGCCAAGUCUGCAGAUUGUGUUGAACUCCAUCAUGAAGGCUAUGGUUCCUCUGCUACACAUCGGAUUGCUGGUCAUGUUUGUUAUUAUCAUUUAUGCCAUUAUCGGGUUGGAGCUCUUCAUUGGUAGGAUGCACAAGACCUGCUUUAUUGUCGGGACAGACCUAAUGGUGGAUGACGACCCAACGCCGUGUGCUUUUGCGGGUAACGGGCGAUUCUGUGUGGGGAAUAGCACAGUAUGCAGAGGAGGAUGGGAGGGGCCUAAUGGAGGCAUCACCAACUUUGACAACAUCUUCUUUGCCAUGCUCACUGUAUUCCAGUGCAUUACUAUGGAGGGCUGGACAGAUGUGCUGUACUGGAUGAAUGAUGCCAUUGGUUUUGAGCUACCUUGGAUUUAUUUUGUGUCUCUGGUCAUUUUUGGCUCUUUCUUUGUCCUCAAUCUUGUGUUGGGUGUCUUGAGCGGUGAGUUCUCUAAAGAGCGAGAGAAGGCCGUGUGUCGUGGUGAACUGCAGAAGGCUCAAGAGAAACAGCAAAUGGAGGAAGACAUGAUCGGCUACAUGGACUGGCUCAUUGAAGCGGAAGACAUGGACGAGGAUGGAAAUAAACGUGCUGUGGUGGCCAAGAAAAAGAUGAUGAAGAAGUACGGCUGGUAUAAGCACAGUGAAGACGGAGAAUCAGAUUCAGACUCUGAGUUUGAAGCCUUUCUAGAUGAUGACAACGGCUGCUGCGCUUCCAUAAUGGCACGGCUGAUGGCUAUAAGUUUUUGCGAGCAGCUGUAUCACUUAAAUCUGGUCAUUAGGAAGAACUGCCGUGUUGCCGUCAAAUCCACCAAUUUUUACUGGUUGGUCCUUCUGCUGGUGUUCCUCAACACCGCUGCCAGCGCCUCUGAACACUACAGCCAGCCCCAGUGGCUUACUGACAUACAGGAACGUGCAAAUAAGAUCUUACUGGCUCUCUUCACGCUGGAGAUGCUGAUGAAGAUCUACAGCUUCGGCUUUCAGAUCUACUUCAUGGCGCUCUUCAACCGCUUCGACUGCUUCGUGGUGUGCGGUGGGAUUCUGGAGACGGUAUUGGUGGAGAUGGACGUGAUCCCGCCCAUCGGAAUCUCGGUGCUGCGCUGCGUCCGUCUGCUCCGUAUCUUCAAAGUCACACGACACUGGGCCGCUCUCUCAGACCUGGUGGGCUCUUUGCUAAACUCGAUGAAGGCCAUCUGUUCCCUGUUAUUGCUGCUCUUCCUCUUCCUCAUCAUCUUCGCUCUGUUGGGCAUGCAGCUGUUCGGCGGGAAGUUCAACUUUGAUGAGACUCAAAUGAAAAGAAGCACCUUUGACACUUUUCCAUCUGCCCUGCUCACCUGUUUCCAGAUUCUAACAGGAGAGGACUGGAACUCUGUCAUGUACGAUGGCAUAAUGGCAUACGGUGGACCUGUGUUUCCCAAUAUGAUCGUCUGUAUUUAUUUUGUCAUCCUUUUCGUCUGUGGUAACUACAUCUUGCUAAAUGUCUUCUUGGCUAUCGCUGUGGAUAACUUAGCCGGAGAUGGUGGCAAAAAGAAAAAAGAAGAGAAAAAAGAAGAGGAGGAGGAAUGGGAAGAUGAUGAUGAACGAGAGGAAGAUUAUGCUGGAAAUGAGGGGGAUGACUGGGAGGAGCAUGAAGAGUUAAGAGCAAUUGAAGGGCUUGAAGGUAUAGGCACACCUAUGAAAGUCGAAAGUUUUCAACCUAAAGAGAAGAUUGUUCCUAUUCCUGACGGAAGUUCCUUUUUUAUCCUUGGGAAGAAAAACUGUCUCAGAGUUGCCUGCCACAACCUCAUUCAUCAUCCUUACUUCACCAACUUCAUCCUCAUCUUCAUCAUAUUUAGUAGUUUUUCACUGGCUGCUGAAGAUCCAAUCAAAACUCAUUCUGUCAGGAAUGUUAUGCUGGGCUAUGCUGACUAUGUCUUCACCACUGUCUUCACUAUUGAGAUCAUGUUAAAGAUGACGGUGUAUGGAGCUUUCCUUCAUCAAGGUUCCUUCUGCAGGAACGCCUUCAACCUUCUGGACCUUCUGGUUGUCAGUGUGUCUCUAACAUCUUUCUUCUUGCAUUCGAGUGCCAUUUCUGUGGUGAAGAUUCUGAGAGUGUUACGUGUACUCAGACCUCUUCGAGCCAUCAACAGGGCUAAAGGACUGAAGAGCGUGAUUCAGUGUGUGUUUGUGGCCAUCCGCACCAUCGGCAACAUCCUCAUUGUAACCACUCUUCUGCAGUUCAUGUUUGCCUGUAUUGGUGUGCAGCUUUUUAAGGGCCGGUUUUACAGAUGCACAGACGAGGCGAAACACACACCUGAUGAGUGCAAAGGAACAUUUGUGGUGUUCAAAGAUGGCGAUAUGAAUCAUCCAAUGGUAAGGGAGAGAGUUUGGGAGAACAGUGACUUUAACUUUGACAACGUGCUGAUGGGAAUGCUCGCUCUCUUCACCGUCUCUACUUUUGAAGGCUGGCCACAGCUCUUGUACAAAGCCAUUGAUGCUAAUGCUGAGAACAGAGGGCCCAUCUACAACUACCGUGUAGAGAUUUCCAUAUUCUUCAUCAUCUACAUCAUCAUCAUCGCUUUCUUUAUGAUGAAUAUCUUCGUGGGUUUUGUCAUCAUCACCUUUCGUGAACAAGGAGAGGCUGAGUUCAAAAACUGUGAACUAAACAAAAACCAGAGGCAGUGUGUGUAUUAUGCAUUGAAAGCUCAACCAAUAAAGAUUUACAUACCCAAAAACCCCUCACAGCUAAAAUUCUGGAAGAUCGUCAAUUCAUCUCAGUUCGAGUACAUCAUGUUUGUUCUCAUUCUGCUUAACACGCUCACUUUGGCUGUACAGCAUUAUGAGCAGUCAAAGCUCUUUAACUUUGUGAUGGACAUCUUGAACAUGAUCUUCACCACACUCUUCACUGUUGAGAUGAUCAUCAAACUUCUCGCUUUGAGACCUUACCACUAUUUUAUAGAUGCCUGGAACUCUUUUGAUGCAUUAAUAGUUGUGGGAAGUUUGGUGGACAUCAUGAUCGCAGAGUUUAGUGGUGGAGGAGGACAUGGUGAGGGAAAAGAAGGAGAGGGUGCCAAAGUGUCCAUCACAUUUUUCCGUCUUUUCCGAGUUAUGCGUCUUGUGAAGCUGCUCAGUAAAGGUGAGGGGAUUCGAACCCUCCUUUGGACGUUCAUCAAAUCUCUUCAGGCUUUGCCAUAUGUCGGCCUGCUCAUUGCUAUGAUCUUCUUCAUCUAUGGUGUGAUUGGGAUGCAGACAUUUGGAAAGAUAGCGAUAGAUGACAACACAGAGCUCAAUCGGAAUAACAAUUUCCAAACGUUUUUCAUGGCUGUACUGCUGCUCUUCAGAUGCGCAACAGGGGAGCAAUGGCAGGAGAUUAUGUUGGCGGCACUGCCGGGUCGCCGGUGCGACCCAGAGUCUGAUAUUGAACCGGGAGAAGAGUACAGCUGUGGCAGCAACCUGGCUUACCUCUAUUUCAUCAGUUUCUUUGCGCUCUGCGCUUUUCUGAUCAUUAACUUGUUCAUUGCUGUCAUCAUGGAUAACUUUGAGUAUCUGACCAGAGACUGGACUGUGCUUGGCACGCAUCACCUGGAUGAGUUCAAAAGAGUCUGGUCAGAUUAUGACCCGGAGGCCACGGGAAAGAUUAAACAUUUGGAUGUGGUCACCAUGUUGCGCAGAAUUCAGCCUCCGCUCGGCUUUGGAAAGCUCUGUCCUCAUCGGGUAGCCUGUAGGAGGUUGGUGUCUAUGAAUGUGCCUCUUCAUCAGGAUGGCACCGUGACCUUCAAUGCCACAUUGUUUGCUCUCGUCAGAACUUCACUCAAGAUUAAAACCGAUGGACCUAUGGACAAGCAGAAUGAGGAGCUCCGAGCCAUUAUUAAAAAGAUCUGGAAGCGGACGAAACCCAAACUUCUAGAUGAAGUGUUACCUCCCCCCGCAGGGAACGAGGUGACCGCUGGGAAGUUUUAUGCCAGUUUCCUGAUUCAAGACUACUUUAAAAAGUUUCGUAAGCGAAAGGAGAAAGAGAGGAAGAAGAAGGGCAAAGACAAGUCAGCUUCUCUCCAGGCUGGACUACGUACACUACAGGAUUUGGCCCCAGAGAUGCGAUUGGCCAUGGCAAUGGAGGAGGAGGAGGGUCUGGAGGGGGACAUGAUGGAGGAUGAAGAGUUCUUUAGGAGUGACAGCGUUUUUAGUGAUGCUCCUCCCACAUCAGCCACGUCCACGCCCAGAUGCACCCCUCUGCCCCCCAAUCUGGAUGAGACCACAGUGAGCAUUGAGCUUUCUCAUAAAAUAUCCAGCGGGAACUUUAUGCUGGAGGAGGCUCUGGUGGAUUCCCGCCCGGGCUCAGCAUUGUCGCACAAUGGUGUGAUAGUUGAACAGCCUCAGAGGUUAUCUCCCCUGCCCAAAAGGUGGGCAUCCAGUCACAAAAAACUCAACACAUUGUGGAUACUGAAUACCAAACCAAGGAAUGGGACAGCCAAAGCUAGUAACUAUAUUCCUCCUCCAUCUCCGGAUGGAGGGAUGCAAAAUGGAGAAGUCCCAGGAGGAGGAGGGGCCACGGGAGGAGGAGUCACAGCAGGAGUAGAAGUCACAGCUGGAGGAGGAGUCACAGCUGGAGGAGGAGUCACAGCAGGAGGAGGGGUCACAGCUGGAGGAGGAGUCACAGCAGGAGGAGGAGUCACAGCAGGAGGAGGGGUCACAGCUGGAGGAGGAGUCACAGCAGGAGGAGGAGCCACAGGAGUAGGAGCAGGUUUAGAGACACCACAUCCUGCACAGGAAAGCAGUACCUGCAUGGAGGACACUCAAAGUGUUGCAUCACAUGAUAGACAGUGGCAUCCAGAGGUCCCUCCAGCACCAACUGCAGCCCUCAAUGGCACCAGGGAAAGUGUGUCUCCAGUACAGAUAAAUAACAUCAACAAUUACCAAGAUGCUGGUGGAUAUAAUGGAAACGGUUACCCUGGCAAUGGUUACAAUGGUUACCGUGUUAAUGGGACUGAUAAUGGCAACCGUUGCUCAAGCAACGGCUACAGCAUUGAUGGUUACAGUGCUAAUGGAUAUAAUGGUAAUGGAUACAGCAGUAAUGGUUUUGCAGCACGGCGACGUAUGCUUCCCCAAACCCCCUCAGGCCGAAGACCAAGUUUUAACAUACAGUGUUUAAGGAGGCAGGGGAGUAAUGAGGAUCUCCCCAUCCCAGGCACCUACCACCAAAACUCCCCACCCUGCAGAGCACGCACACAGACACACAGCAGUUACGACUCACGACGAAGCAGCAUUUCAUCUGAGGUGUCUUCAGCCUCCUGGGCGAACAAUCAGGCCAGACGGGGUCGUCUCCUUUACGCCCCCCUUAUUCUGGUGGAUGAGGCGGGCGGCACUCAGACUGUGUGGGGUGACACCAAUGGAAGCGCCACCUUGCCGGCAUCGGCCCGCCCUGGCUGGCUUGCGGGUGGACCGGGAGGCGUGGCUCAGCAGCCUCGGGCGUACACCACACUCAGAGUGCCCAGCCAACACAGCACUGGAUACUCAGAGAAAGGAAGUGCAGACAGCCUUGUGGAGUCGAUCCUUAUAUCUGAAGGUUUGGGUCUCUAUGCCAAAGACCCCAAAUUUGUUGACUUUGCGAAACGAGAAAUCGCCGAUGCCUGUCACAUGACCAUUGAUGAAAUGGAAAACGCUGCAACUGACCUGCUGAGUCGAGGAAAGACGGGACAGCCGUUCAGACGUUUCGAAGAGGAUCUGUCUGAUGAGAUGAACUGCGUUAUAUCAUACUAAUGACUUUUGAUUUGUUGGCUUGGGCAAAUCCUAAAAUAUUAUGAGACUUAAUAAAAGUGUAUUUGCUCUGACUAUAUUGUUCAAUCACCUCUUCAUAUACUGUACAGUUCAUUAGGUCAUUGUUUUAUUGUCACAUCUGCUGUAUAUUUUACAAUUCUUCAAGGAACAUGUGAUGAUUACAUUGACCUGUAUUUACAGUACACUGUCAGAAAAUUUUGCCUUUUCUGUUACUGGGGUGGUACCCUUAAACAGAUAGUUCACCCAAAAAUCUGUUUUUUCGAUGUAAUUCAAUGAGUAAUGUCAACUGUGUGCUUACCAUCAUUUAUCAAAAUAUUUUCUUCAUCAUUUAUCACAAUACUUCCAUAAUAUUUUGUGGGGAGGGGUACAAUAUUACCCUAAGGACCAAUUUUUUACCUUAAAGGAGCAAUUUGUUACAUUUAAAUAUUAUGGGUACAAAACAUUUAACUGUAAUUUUAAAGGUACAAAAUAUGUCUUUAAAGGUGCAGUGUGUAAAUGUUAGCGGCAUAUAGUGGUGAGGUUGCGAAUUGCAACCAACGGCUCAGUUCACUGCUCACCCCUCGCUUCUGAAACGCAUAAAGAAGCUACGGUAGCUGACACUGGACAAACAUGUCAUCGUUGGAGACAACUUAGUAAAAAAAGUUUGUCCGUUAAGGGCUUCUGUAGAAACAUGCCGGCACAAAAUGGCGACUUCCAUGUAAGGGAACCCUUUGUAUGUAGAUAAAACGUCUCAUUCUAAGGGUAUAAACACAUAACGGUUCAUUAUGAAAGGUCUUUAUACACCCCUGACAAUAUAGUUUUAUAUAUUAUUUAGCAUUUUUGUCAAGAGAUUCUUCUAAAAAUUACACACUGCACCUUUAAGGUAUAGUAAUGUACCCACAUUAUGUUUUGCAUGCCUGUAAAACUACCAAAAGAAACCUUAGGGUAUCACCCCAGUGACAAAAAAACAUUUUAACCAUUUUAACAAUUUUUCUGACAGUGUACAUUAGGUGAUCUGUAUGAUACUGGGUUUUCUGGCUUUGUGUGAGAUCUUUGGUGCUAAAUUGGGAUUUACAGUACAUCUGUUGAGAGUAACUUAGUAUAAGUUCCCUUCAGCCAGUUAGCACACAAAGAGAGACAAGGUAAGAUGAGUGAAACGUCUGUACUUCUGUGUGAAUGGAUUCUUUUCUGUUUUUUGUAUACUUGCAAUUUAUAUUGCUCCUUUCCCACAAGGCAAACUACUGUGUACAUGAAGCACUAAAUUUAUUGUUGUCAAAAGCAAAUUUAAGAAGUUUGAUUCACCAUCACACUAAUGCUGGUUUCUGAGUAUUUUUUUUCAGUCUACACAUACCACUAUAGAGUGCCACAGGGUAACAUAUUUUUAUUGGCCAACCCCUGGAAGUUAGCGGGGCAGCGCCAUAAAUUUUUCCUAUAGACUUUUGUUAAACACAGAGCUUAUUUUUGCAAUAAUCCAAAAGUUUAUGACACAUGUUUUGUCCAACAAGUUAAUCUUUACAGAUGAAUACAAAUUUUAUGAAUUUUGAAGUGUAUAUUUGUUUACUAGAAAUAAAAGCCAAAUUUUGACUUCAAAAAUCAUAAAAAGACUAACUUGUUUGGCAAAACGUGUAAGUGUCAGUUUUUUCUUUGUUAAUCACAAAGCUUAUUUUUUGCGAUAAUCCAAAAGUCUAUGAGAAUUGAAUGGGAUUUUUAGUGAAGGAACCAUGUCC